AUGGCCAAUGAGGAAGAAGAUCAUUCUGGAACAUUGCCAAGCACUCCAGAUACGGUGAUCCUCGAGAACCACUUUAGCCCGAGAACAAACGCAAGGCUGCAAGGCGACUUUGCCCGCCUGAUCCCCGUAAAUCGCCCUGCAAUCCUCGCGUUCCACUCAAUUGCCGAGCGCAUGAGGCUUGACCCUGCAUGGAACCCUCAUGCGCGAAAGUACAUCUUCGUGGAAGAUUCCAAACGUCAACUUUCUCCCGAAUGGGAUGGUAGUGACACCUCGAAUGGCACAAAAAAUGAACCUAGUCAGGUCCUGAUUGGAUAUUAUAGGCUCAGCCUCGAUCUGAUUGCCAAUCACCCUGAGCUCGGAUGGGUUGUUGGAAGUGGCAGAAAGGACCUCCCAAAUGGCGGCGUGGACUUUCUGUUGACUCUGCAGAAGAACAAGCAUCGUGUCCAUGGCCGGCAUGCUCGUCUAGUACAUCAUGCCAAAAAUGGAGCGUUGAUGCUGGUCGUUAGCAAGGGAAAAGUCGUCACGGUCAACGGCCUCGAGAGACUAGAGGGUUCGCAACGCGUGCUGGGCUCGAUUCGCACCGCUCUCUCUUUCGGCAAUUUAUCUUACAAUUUAGAAUUUACAGGAUUGAAUGAAACCAGUUACCGGGAGAAGCUUGGAGAUCUCCUGACAAAACGGCAUCCCAACAACGACAUCCCCCCCAUGUCGCUUGAGCUUACGCCCCAGGAACACCAUUUUGAACUUCAUGGAUUUACGAUUCACUCCCCAUUUGCUUCCGGCACCAGUGGGAUCGUUUCCGCUGGUUUUGAGCAAUCCACCGGUCGGGCCGUAGCCAUCAAACGCGUCAGACGUACGCCGGCGACUGUUGCGAGAAUCCAGCUGGAGAUUCGAAUCUACAAGAAGAUAGGGGACCAUCCAAAUCUGUGCCAUUUGAUGGCCGACUUGUACUCGGGAGGAGAUGAAUAUGGAACAGGGAAAUCGAAAAUCAACGAUGUGUAUCUGGUCCACUCUCCCCUCGCCAGACAAACCUUUGUCGACUUGACCCUGUCGAACCAACUCUAUGAUGUCCGUCUUUCUGCUUUUCAGCAGGUUCUGGAGGGACUAGCGCAUCUUCAUCACCAUGGAAUCAUGCACCGAGAUAUCAAGCCUACAAAUAUGAUGAUGGUCUCCUACCAUCCUGUCCACGCCAUCAUCAUUGACUAUGGGAGCGCCACCUUCGACACCACAUCGCUUGAUCACUACUGCGGCACCAUCUCAUACCUUGCCCCAGAAAUUCUCAAGCUCAAGUACCCAAAAGAUGAUUCAGAGCAGGAACCUUAUGAUUGUCGAGUCGAUAUUUGGGCCAUGGGCCUUUCUGGGUAUCAGCUUUUCUUCCAAGAACCGUGUAAAUGGGAGAAAGGCGUGAACGACACGACACAUAAAGAGAUUGUCCGCAAUCUGAGAUCUCGCCCGGCUUCUGUAGCCGAUGUGCUGAGAAAGAUGGUUGCGUGGGAAAGUGCGGGUCGUCCCGCUGCAAAAGAACUUCUCCAGUCAAAUGUUUGGCACCAGGUGAAUGGAACUCAUUCAGAUCCAGACUUAUCAGAUUCAGAGUCGGGACGCGUUGCCAAGCGAUUUAAGAAAUAA